AUGGAGAUGGGGACCGGGAGGAAGGGAAGGUCUGGUAUUGAGUAAAGGGGCGGGGCCCUGGCUGCUGUGGCCUCCCCUGACCCCCUCCCCUCGCUGCUGGGGUCCUCGGCCAAGCCCCCUUCUCACUGGACUGAGACAUGAGGCUGAGCUGGGUCCUGACAGUACUGUCCAUUUGCCUGAGUGCCCUGGGCACAGCCACGGGGGCCGAAGGCAAGCGGAAGCUGCAGAUUGGAGUGAAGAAACGUGUGGACCACUGUCCCAUCAAGUCUAGAAAGGGAGAUGUCUUACACAUGCACUACACGGGGAAGCUAGAAGACGGGACGGAGUUUGACAGCAGUCUACCACAGAACCAGCCCUUUGUUUUCUCCCUCGGCACUGGUCAGGUCAUCAAGGGCUGGGACCAGGGGCUGCUGGGGAUGUGUGAAGGGGAAAAGCGGAAGCUGGUGAUCCCAUCUGAGCUGGGGUAUGGAGAGCGGGGAGCUCCCCCAAAGAUCCCAGGUGGAGCAACCCUGGUGUUUGAGGUGGAGCUACUCAAGAUUGAGCGACGUUCAGAACUGUAGCAGGCUGCAGAGGGGCAGGAGACCCCUGUCAGGGACCAGAUUGCUUCCAAACAAAACAAAACAAAACAACCUUUAAAACCCCAA